AAACAUUUGGAAGAAGAACCCAUUCGAAUCAUCCUCUAGUACUACUUUGUUGUAGUCUACACGCUUAGCUGCUUCCUUCUCCUCAUGAUUUUCCUUGCUCAGCUGAAGAAUUUCCAAGCAAAAUGGUUGUGACGACGGCCCUAGCUUGAUCAGCCGCGCCCAUGGGAGACGGCAAUAACUCCAACAGAGGCCUUGUCUCCGCCAACGCCGCGGCCAACCGAAACAACAACAACAACAACGGCAGCCACCACAAGAAGCCCGAGUGGCUACAGCAGUAUGAUCUAAUUGGGAAGAUCGGAGAAGGAACCUAUGGCCUCGUGUUCCUUGCUAAAAUCAAACCCCCUUCGCCAAAUCGCGGCAAGUCAAUUGCCAUUAAAAAAUUCAAGCAAUCCAAGGACGGUGAUGGCGUCUCCCCAACUGCCAUCCGCGAAAUUAUGUUACUGCGGGAAAUAUCACACGAGAAUGUCGUCAAGCUUGUAAAUGUUCAUAUCAACCAUGCAGAUAUGUCGUUGUAUUUAGCUUUUGAUUAUGCUGAACACGACCUCUAUGAGAUCAUUAGACAUCAUCGAGACAAGGCUAACCAUCCCCUUAAUCAGUACACCGUUAAAUCCUUGCUCUGGCAACUUCUCAAUGGUUUGAACUAUCUCCACAGUAAUUGGAUCAUUCAUCGCGAUUUAAAGCCAUCAAAUAUUUUGGUUAUGGGUGAAGGAGAAGAACAAGGAGUGGUUAAAAUAGCUGAUUUCGGACUUGCAAGAAUAUACCAAGCUCCCUUGAAGCCAUUAUCUGAAAAUGGAGUGGUUGUCACCAUUUGGUAUCGAGCACCUGAACUUCUCCUCGGAGCUAAGCACUACACUAGUGCUGUUGAUAUGUGGGCUGUUGGAUGUAUUUUUGCUGAGCUUUUGACGUUGAAGCCAUUAUUUCAAGGUCAAGAAGUCAAAGGGACUCCAAAUCCUUUCCAGCUUGAUCAACUCGACAAGAUUUUUAAGGUUUUAGGCCAUCCCACAAUAGAAAAGUGGCCAACACUUGCUAAUCUUCCAAAUUGGCAACAAGAUGUACAGCACAUUCAGGGGCACAAAUAUGACAAUGCUGGAUUGUAUAAUGUUGUCCAUCUUUCUCCAAAAAGUCCAGCAUACGAUCUUCUGUCCAAAAUGCUGGAGUAUGAUCCUCGAAAGCGUAUAACAGCGGCCCAAGCCUUAGAGCAUGAGUACUUUCGUCUAGAACCUCUUCCUGGAUACAAUGCUCUGGUACCAAUCCAACCUGGAGAGAAGGUCAUUAAUUAUCCAACUCGCCCUGUAGACACAACCACAGAUUUUGAGGGAACAACUAACCUUCAACCCUCACAAACGGUACCAUCUGGAAAUAAUGUAAACAUGCAAGGUAUGGCAAGAUCUGUCCCUCGGGCAAUGGGAGUUGGUAUGCCGAGGAUGCCGCAUCAGAGCAUGGCUGCCUAUAACCUUGCAUCUCAGGCUGGGAUAGGUAUGAAUCCUGGUGGCAUCCCUAUGCAGCGAGGUGUUUCUUCCCAAGCUCAUCAGCAACAACAGUUGAGGAGAAAAGAUCCUGGAAUGGGAAUGCCAGGUUAUGCUCCCCAGCAGAAACAACAAAGACGCUACUGAGUGGUUCCAGGAAGGUCUGAGAUUACUUGUAGGCUUUGCCCAAAAUUUGUCCGUGCGCAUCUUACAAAGCUGAGGUGGCGUUUGCUUGUUGAUUUAUCUGCAACCCAAGGCUCUAACAUCCAAGCAUGCUCCUUGACAUGGUAUUGAUUGUUGAUGUUAAUGUGGCAUCUCUCAAAUACUUAGUUACUGCACAGAAAAAAAAUGGGACGUAAGACCGGUCGUAGGCAUCAGUGUUAUCUCGAUACUAAGCUACCUUGAUCCCGAUAGAUAGGUAACCUGGGGUCUGCUUGUAUUAUAAUGUAAUGCUCCAAGUAGUAGGCUUGUAAUUCAGCUGACACAAUCUGUUAUUCGGUCACCGAAUGAUUACGUCUAUCUAUUUUGAAUAAAAUUGUUAGGUUUUACAUGUGUUUCUCGUA